AUUAUGUUUAAUUUGAAAAUUGUACCAAACAAAUCAAAAUAAAAAUUCACAGCACACGCCACACAGAGCAUGCGCAUUAGAAAAAUAACGAUAGAAUUGAACGGUGUAUCGAUUCUUACUUGUAGUUGCAGUCGUGGGAACUCGUGCUUAAAGCCAAAGUCAAAGCUUUCUUCCACCCCCACCACCAUUUCUGCUUCUGCUUCUGCCUUUCAUUUCUGUAAAACCAAAUGUUCUUCCAUGGAUCCCAACUUCUACACUCAGAGUGAACACGCCACCUCCAUAACCACAACUUAGAUAACAUACCCUUCUUCCUCCUCCUUCUGUGCAUGCACAUCCCAUUUACAGAGCUUCAAAGAGAGACUCAAUCAUGGCGGAACCUCUGCUGGACAAUCAAACUGAACAACUUGAAUCCAGCAUCAUAACACGGGCAGGUGUUUUAAGCAAACUGACAUUCUCUUGGAUCAACCCUUUACUCACGUUGGGUUAUUCGAGGCCAUUGGCUCUCGAGGAUGUUCCUCCUCUUGAUUCUGAGGACCAAGCAGACCUCGCUUACCACAAAUUUUCCCAUGUCUGGGAUUCGCUCUCCACAGAAAAGGGUUCCGGGAACUUGGCUUUUCAGGCCAUUAAAAGGGUGCACCUCAGAGAAAAUGUUCUUAUAGCCUUUUAUACUCUUCUGAGAACUCUCUCUGUUGUUGUUUCUCCUCUUGUUCUGUUUGCUUUCGUGAACUAUUCGACUGGUGCAAACAGGGGUUUACGGGAGGGGCUUUUGAUUGUGGGGGUUUUGACUGUCUGCAAGGUGGUUGAGUCUUUGUCGCACAGGCAUUGGUUCUUUGAUUCUAGGAGGUCAGGGAUGAGAAUGAGGUCGGCUUUGAUGGUGGCAGUGUAUAGGAAGCUGUUGAAGCUUUCUAGUUUGGGGAGGACGAGGCACUCGGCUGGGGAGAUUGUGAACUAUAUUGCUGUUGAUGCUUAUAGAAUGGGGGAAUUUCCAUGGUGGUUUCACACAACUUGGGCCGCAGGGCUGCAGCUUGUUCUCUCCAUUGCAGUGCUCUUCUGGGUUGUGGGUCUUGGAGCUCUUCUGGGUCUGAUUCCUCUCCUCGUUUGUGGGCUUCUUAAUGUCCCUUUUGCACAGUCUUUGCAGAAGUGUCAGUUUCGUUUCAUGGUUGCUCAAGAUGAGAGGUUGAGGUCCACUUCUGAGGUUCUCAACAACAUGAAGAUCAUUAAGUUGCAAUCAUGGGAGGAAAAAUUCCAGAACCUGAUCCAGUCGCUUCGCGAAAGCGAGUUCCGGUGGUUAAGGGAGACGCAGAUGCAGAAGGUCUAUGGCUCUCUGUUGUAUUGGAUGGCUCCAACUAUUGUGUCUGCUGUUGUUUUCUUGGGAUGUAUCGUCUUCCAGAGUGCUCCUUUGGAUGCAAGCACCAUUUUUACUGUUAUUGCAACACUGAGAAUAAUGUCGGAACCUGUGAGAAUGAUACCAGAAGCUCUUGCAAUCAUGAUCCAAGUCAAGGUCUCCUUUGAUAGGCUCAACACAUUCUUGCUUGAUGAUGAGCUAAUAAAAGAUGAAGCUAUUGAAAACCCAUCUAAGAAUUUCGAUAAUAUGAUGGAAAUACAAAACGGUAACUUCAGAUGGGAUCCAGAAUCAGUGAAUCUAACUCUGAAAGAUGUAGAUCUAGAAAUAGUAAGAGGACAGAAAGUUGCAGUGUGUGGACCAGUUGGAGCUGGGAAAUCCUCUCUUCUAUAUGCUAUACUUGGAGAGAUUCCUAAACUUACAGGAAGUGUUCAGGUUAAUGGAUCAAUAGCUUAUGUUUCACAAAUUGCUUGGAUUCAAAGUGGGACGAUUCGAGAUAACAUACUCAACGGAAAGCCGAUGGACAAGGAUAGGUAUGAGAAUGCCAUAAAAGCCUGUGCUUUGGAUGAGGACAUCAAUAGUUUUAACCAUGGAGAUCUUACAGAAAUAGGGCAGAGAGGCCUUAACAUGAGUGGAGGACAGAAACAAAGGAUUCAACUUGCAAGAGCUGUCUACAAUGAUGCUGAUAUUUAUCUGCUUGAUGACCCCUUUAGCGCAGUCGAUGCACAUACCGCUGCCACUCUUUUUGAUGAAUGUGUCAUGACUGCUCUAGAUAAGAAAACCGUGGUUCUUGUAACUCAUCAAGUGGAAUUUCUUUCUGAAGUUGAUAGAAUUCUGGUGAUUGAGGAAGGGACAAUAACUCAAUCAGGAAGUUAUGAGGACCUGUUGAAAGCCGGGACGCCUUUUGAAAAGCUUGUGAAUGCUCACAAAGAUGCAAUAAUAGCAUCUGGUACCUCAGAGAGUGAAAACCUGAGAGAAUCUGAAACAGUAGACACGGCGAGACGUGAAAAAAACGAUAAUGAGGACAUAAAUACCAAAAAUUUAGAUGGAGUACAACUAACAGAAGAAGAAGAGAAGGAAAUUGGGGAUGUUGGCUGGAGACCGUUCUGGGAUUAUUUCAGUGUCUCCAAGGCAUCUCUUCUUAUGUAUUUAAGUGUAAUUACUACGUGUGGUUUCAUUGCUUUUCAGACGGCUGCAACAUAUUGGCUAGCCAUUGCCUUUGAGUUCUUCCCUCACAUCAGUGAUGGCAUGGUAAUUGGAAUCUACGCGGGUAUUUCACUUUUGAGUGCAGUAUUUGUAUAUUUCAAGUCCCUUUUGACCGCUCUUUUUGGUCUAAGAGCUUCUAAAGCCUUCUUCUGUGGUUUCACAAAUUCUGUCUUCAAAGCUCCCAUGGCGUUUUUCGAUGCAACCCCUGUAGGACGGAUUCUGACCCGAGCUUCAUCAGAUUUAAGUGUUCUGGAUUUCGACAUACCAUUUUCUGUCAACUUUGUUGUAUCUGGUGCUCUGGAACUUCUUGUGGUGAUUGGAGUUGUGGCUUCCGUUACGUGGGAAGUCCUCCUUGUCGCCAUUCCUGCUAUAAUAGCUUCAACUUACGUUCAGAGGUAUUAUCUAGCCACUGCUACCGAGCUUAUUAGAAUCAAUGGGACAACAAAGGCACCUGUAGUGAAUUACGCAGCAGAGACAUCACUCGGUGCUGUCACGAUCAGAGCUUUCGACAUGACAGAAAGGUUCUUCCAGAGGUUCCUAAAGCUUGUCGACACAGAUGCAAGUCUUCUUUUCCACUCUAAUGCAACCACAGAGUGGCUGGUGUUGAGGAUAGAGACACUGCAAAAUUUAACACUUGUCACCGUCGCACUUCUCCUUGUAUUGCUUCCCCAGGGUCAAACCACCAAUCCAGGGCUUGUGGGGCUGUCUCUUUCCUAUGCUUUAUCCUUGUCGAUUAUCCACAUUUUCAUGGCGAGAUGGUAUUGUAAUCUUUCAAACUACAUCAUUUCUGUUGAAAGGAUCAAGCAAUACAUGCAUUUGCCACCAGAACCUCCAGCAAUUGUGGAGGAAAGCAGGCCACCAUUUUCAUGGCCUACCAAGGGAAGGAUAGAGUUGGAAUGUCUAAAGAUAAAAUAUCGUCCAAAUGCUCCUCUCGUUCUCAAGGGAAUUACAUGCACCUUCAAAGAAGGGACUAGAGUAGGAGUUGUAGGAAGAACAGGAAGUGGAAAAACAACUCUGAUAAGUGCUUUGUUUCGUUUGGUUGAGCCCGAGAGCGGGAGAAUCAUCAUUGAUGGCGUCGAUAUAUGUUCCAUUGGUCUAAAGGAUUUAAGAAUGAAGCUCAGCAUCAUCCCACAAGAGCCAACACUAUUCAGGGGCAGCAUUCGCACUAAUUUAGACCCUCUAGACCUUUAUUCUGAUGAUGAGAUAUGGAAGGCAUUGGAGAAGUGUCAGCUCAAGGCUAUUGUCAGCAGCCUGCCAAAUCGGCUCGACUCAUCUGUGAGUGAUGAAGGAGGGAACUGGAGCGUGGGACAGCGCCAACUUUUCUGCCUCGGAAGAGUGCUACUGAAACGAAACAGAAUUCUCGUUCUCGACGAGGCUACUGCGUCCAUCGAUUCGGCAACUGACACCAUUUUACAGAGAAUUAUAAGGCAGGAAUUCUCAGAAUGCACUGUUAUAACAGUAGCUCACAGAGUUCCCACAGUCAUUGACAGUGACAAAGUCAUGGUUCUCUCCUUUGGAAAUCUGGUUGAGUAUGAAGAGCCUUCAAAGCUUAUGGAAACCAACUCCUAUUUCUCCAGACUUGUAGCUGAGUACUGGGCCAGCUGCAGGAGAGACUCUGCCCCAUAAUUCAAGCAAUUAGUAGGUUAAGACAAAUUUCUGCUGAUAAUUGAAGAUUGAGCAGUCUGAUUCUAUUGUAAUUUGAACUUUGAUUCGUCUUAGGUCGAUUUCUAACAGUAGCUACUUAAGUUAAGCGAACAAUUGAGUUUUUGGGUUUCAUAUGGCGAUUCAGAUUCAGAAGGGAGAGGCAUAUAAUUUAAUCAGAGUUUCUUUUCUCCAUACGGCUUUAUGUAGAUGUAUUGAGAAACGAAAUAAUGGAAAUGAAUAAAUGAGCUACCUUUUCUGUA